GCUGGCGGGGAAGGGGGCGGGAACCCCAGGCUAUAGACCCCUACGCGCAAGCGCGCUGGAGCCGCGUGGUCACUGUCCAUGUGACCGGGGCAGGCAGCGGGCGGCCUUCCGUCUGGGCCGACAGGGCGCGGUAACCUCUGAGUACUCGCCUUCCUGCAGGCCCAGUCCGAGGUCUGGCAGUCAGCGACAGAGUCGGGCGUCCACGGCCCAAGUACCCCCGGCAGCACCAUGCCUGCGCUCCUGGAGCGCCCCAAGCUUUCCAACGCCAUGGCCAGGGCAUUGCACCGGCACAUCAUGAUGGAACGGGAGCGCAAGCGGCAGGAGGAAGAAGAAGUAGACAAGAUGAUGGAACAGAAGAUGAAGGAAGAACAGGAGAGAAGAAAGAAAAAAGAGAUGGAAGAGAGAAUGUCACUAGAGGAGACCAAAGAACAAAUCCUGAAGUUGCAAGAGAAGCUUUUGGCCCUACAGGAAGAGAAGCACCAGCUUUUCCUGCAGCUCAAGAAAGUUUUACAUGAGGAAGAAAAACGAAGGCGAAAGGAACAGAGUGACUUAACCACUCUGACAUCAGCUGCAUACCCACAGAGUCUGACUGUUCACACAGGAACUCAUCUCCUCAGCAUGCAGGGAAGCCCUGGAGGACACAAUCGCCCAGGCACCCUCAUGGCAGCUGACAGAGCCAAACAGAUGUUUGGACCCCAAGUGCUUACAACCCGGCAUUAUGUGGGCUCAGCAGCUUUCGCAGGGACUCCAGAACAUGGGCAAUUCCAAGGCAGCCCAGGCGGUGCUUAUGGCACUGCUCAACCCCCACCUCACUAUGGACCCACCCAACCGGCCUAUAGCCCUAGUCAGCAGCUCAGAGCACCUUCAGCCUUUCCUGCAGUGCAGUACUUGUCUCAGCCACAGCCACAGCCUUAUGCCGUGCACAGCCACUUCCAGCCGACUCAGACAGGGUUCCUCCAGCCUAGUGGUACCCUGUCCCUGCAAAAGCAAAUGGAACAUGCUAACCAGCAGACUGGCUUCUCCGACUCAGUCCUGACUCUCUUCUCUGCAGUCCUCCCUGCGCCCCAUGCACCCCCAAGCUUUGCAUCCAGCCCCAGGACUCCUUGCCUCUCCCCAGCUCCCUGUGCAGAUGCAACCAGCAGGGAAGUCAAGCUUUGCAGCUACCAGCCAACCCGGCCCCCGGCUUCCUUUUCUCCAGCACAGCCAGAAUUCAAGAUUCUACCACAAGUGACCAUCAAAUAUUAUCAACCUCACCCCACCCCCUACCAUGGGUGAAGAUCCUAGUCCUAGGCCAAUAAAAUCUAUCUGCCAAUG